CAAGUUUUCGGCCAGUCAAACGCGCUCAUAGUACCGAACGCGUAGAAAAUUAACGCGUCCGCGGACCAGCCUCGACCCACUGCGAAAUUUACGAGUGACUCUUGAAAAAGUGGUUCCGGAUUAUAUUGCGUUCUUCAAAUCGUCGUACAGGGUAGACGAUGAUCGUCCCUCGAAUCGAAGACUCGCUGGUUCUCCGGCUGUUACGAAAGUUUCGUGUUCCUGAUGCCUAGCUUGCUCGGACGCUUCGUUGGCUUAUCAUUUCGGACGGAACUAUUGAUAAUGAACAUAUUCGGCUUGGUGAACAGCACGUUGGACUGGAGUCCCUUAAAAUGGACGAACAAGCUCGAACAAAUUUGGAAUCUCUCCAUGCCGCAAAGAUCGUUGAUUGUCGAUACAAUUGGCGAAGACACGAUAAAAACUGUACUAUCAUGGAUCGUAAUAACGCGAAUCGUAAUUACCCACGUUUACACGUUCACCUACUUGUCAAACAUUUAUCCGAUAAUAACCUGGAGUAGACCGAAUCUGCUGUUACCCUGGCUGAUCCUGAGCUUCUUCAAGAACGUCGUCCUCGAAGUCGUCGUGAUCGUGAUCGGACUACUCCUGUGGUACGGGAGUCCGUUCUCGUUGGUCGUCUUCCUCGAGUUCAUUUUCAUCAAACUUGUUCCCUUGGUUAUGGCCAGCUACAACUGGUACUCGAACUCCUGCUUGUUCCUGCAAUUACGACAUACGGAGAAGAUGAGGAAGCUGCGCAGAUCGAUGAGAAGCGAUUCGAAUCUGCUGACUAAUCAGCUUUACGUGAAGAUCGACGAGCCGAGGUACAGGACCGGUUCGCUGACCACGCUGUUCUCGUACGACAGCUGCGAGACUUACAACCCUGACCUGACACCUGGUCAGAACGCGAAGAAGCUUCUCGGGAUCACCGAACAGGAUGUCGCGGACGCUCUCGGCAGGAUCAAGGAGAGAGAAGCACAUAAAAGAUUGACAGAGCUGGACGACGAUGACGAUUUACUUGGCGACAGAACCGCGAGUAAAGGAUACUUCUUCGGCAGCAGUAUUUACAGGAGCGAUAUAUUCACGGACGACGUCUCGGACAUCUCCGCUAUAAAUCACAAAGAACCGAAGAACCUGAAAGACUUUGAGAACACGAAGAACGACGACAACUUGGAAGCACCUGUGAACCAGGAGAAGGAUUCUCUGCUGAAUAUAAUCCACCAAUCAACAACGGAGAAGUACGACGACGCGUACAGUGUCCAAGAAGAGAUCAAAGCUAUAGAACCCUACAGCGAUGCUCCGGAGACAGUGGAAAAGUUGGAAAAUCCAGCUAGUAACAAUCCAAAAAAUACCGAAGAAGAUGUUACGGUCGUAGCAGACGUGUCAACGGAAGUCCUGGCGUCGGAGAAGGUGGAGAGCUUGGAGCUGGUGGAGUCAUCGGUCCAAGAGAAGGACAUCGAGCCUGCGACGGGGUCGGAAGAAGAGGCCAAAGUUGAUCUGGAAGAUGACGCAAGAGGCGUGGAGAGGAGCCCGAGCCCCGUGAAUUCGCAGGCUGUCUUCAUCUGCAGCUGCGCUCCUGCCAAGUCUGCCUCCAAAGAAUCUCGCUCGGACGCCAGCAAGGCGACAGACAUGACAACAUCCACGCCCAGAGAACGUUCCGACAACCACGAAGACGGACAGCCUCCAGAGAACUCGAAGAAAUCCUCCGAUCAGCCUUACACCCACGCUUACAGCGUCACCGAGGUGAAAACGAACCGUGCCACGAACAGUGGCUUCCCUCUGAUGGAGAAGGUGCUGAAGAACGACCUGGAGAUACUGAAGAGCAUGAAAACGGGCGAACGCUGUCAUAAUAGUGCCUUCAACGGCGUACAAGAUUUCCGGAAGGUGCAGGAGGAUAGGUCGAACAUCUUCUUGGACGGCUAUGGCGGCCACUUUAACGCGUCCGUCGACGUACAGGACAUUAUUUCGGGCAUCGCCAAGGACUUGAAUGUGUCGAUGAACAGGAUGACCAUAGAUACGAAUCGCUCGGAGAAUGCAACUCCGCGGUCUGACGUGUGGCCCGGAGAGAUAGAGAUCUCGAAGCUGAACGUUCCCGAAUGCCCUUCGGACAAUCCGAACCCGCCGAGGUUCUAUCAGGACUUCAUGAAGGUUUUCGACGGCUGCUACCAGAACGAUUUCGCCAACAACUCGGAGCUGAAGUGCGCCUUUCAGCAAAUGGAGAAGAAGAAGUGGAACUUAUUCUCGGGCCAGACGGACCUUGAAACGUUGUUGACGUCCGAACAGGGCUGCGAAGCGGAUGAACCGCCGCGGUACGACUCUUCCGGAUCGACGUCUCGCAGAUCGGCGCGCACAGAGGACAGUGAGUCUCCUAAGUCCUCUAAGAUGGAGGCCGCUUGCCGACCGCCGGAGAAGCGUUUGCUGCAGAUAGAAGACCUCGCGGAACCGGCCACCGUGAAAUCGACGAAAAAUAUAGGCACGCAGACGACGGGCUACGUCGGCGCAGCGUUCCUGAAUUCCGACGAAUCGGUUCGCCAAAAGAAGGCGAAGGCCCGUUGGAGGUACUACAGCAAGAAGAACCAGGCGCAGCAUCAGAAAGGAAGCGACUGCCAGAUGUCCCACACGAAGCUUGCCGUCGGGAAGAAAGACUCCUCGUCCUCGAGGACGCGAUCGAACUCUCCUCAUGCGUCGAAAUCGUCCCUGAACGACUGUAGCAAGCUGAACGGUUCGAAGUCCUUCUCGAACUGGCGGGACUGCAAGUGCAAGAUGAAGAAGCUAAAGAAGAAGUGCAGUCCCACGAGCCUCGACAAUUGGGAGGACAAGUACAAAGCGACCGCGAAAUCGAAGGUCGACAGUCUGGCGACCCUGCCGCUGGCCCAGGUGACCCGUAGACCGGAAACGAACCGAAUAAAGCCCCCGGUCUAUCCGAAGAAGAACAAGGAGGCUCACACGGCCGCUGCCGUCGACAAAACCUGGAGAUCGUCUACAGGAAAGAGAACGGAGCAGACAGAGUCGAAGAAAUCGAUGGACAGUAGUCAAUCGACCAGUAGUUCAAAGAGGACGUCCAGAUCGAGGGCUUGGACUAGGAAGACGAAGGAGGAGAUAGAAUUGAGAGCCCUGAAGGCCUACAACGAGAUCACGUUGUUGGAGGACAAGAAGAAGCUGGAUGCCAGGAGGAGGACGCUCGAAAGGCUGCCUUCGGAGCGAGACGGCAAGGGUUCCUACAAGAGGUUCUUCGCGAGGAGGGAUCUAGGCAAAGAAAAUCUGUCCGCUGACUCGACGAACGCGACAAGUUCGUCGUCCAGGAGCAACAAACCCCCGCCGAACGCUGCGGUAAAGUCUGGUGGCAGCGUCUCGAACGGAAAGCAGGCCAACCCGAAGUCGUCGAAAAUUGCCAAGCCUGUGAACAAGCAGGAGAACUUGGACAGGCUAUUCGCGAUGGAUUGGCUAAAUCAAGCGAGAGAGCUGCAGAACAGUGUCUACAAGGACGAUGCUGAGAAUAUCGUUCUCAGGCAUGCUUCACGGAACUAUGAAAUGUCGAAUGCGGCAUCUGUGGGGACUUUCGACAUGAAGCUGAAGGACGCGAAAACAGGACACAAUCUAGCGGAGGAAGACGCGAGAAGUGCCGCGUUGCCUGCGAAAGCGGACGCCGAACCGCCAGGGUCUAGAGUUCAAGGUCGGUCUUCGAGAGCGGAUGCUGGCGGUGUCGAACCUGAAGACAAAGAGCUGGUGAAGAAGUCUGCGGAGGAAGACGCCGCGUCUACUGGGUUCUCCAGUUCCGACGACCUUGAAGCUGCGGCGAAAGGAAACUCUGCUGAACAACAAGAUCAGGAUCCGCCGAGAGUGGAAGAAGAGGGUGCAGAAGUCCUCGAAGACUUUGAGUCCGCAUCUGAUGGUGUCUCGAAAAAGGAAGAGUCGAUCGAACGAAGAGUAAAGGCUUCAGAGAAUUCAGGAUCGGUCAAAAGGCAAGAUGAAGACGUUGGAAACGUCGUCGUCGUCUGCCAAGACAACAGCGUCGUCCCAUGGGAAGAAAAAGACAGCGCCACGUCCACGGUGUCGCACAAUUUACUGUCCUUCAAGCUGAUAGAUUUUCUCGCGACACCUCUAUCUCAAUUUAUGUUGAAGGACAACCGCAAGUUGGAAGAAUUCUCGGAAGGAAGAAUUCUCAAGGAAGAAUUCUCGGCCUGUCGCGCGAUCGUGCCUGCCAUUCCAGAGACCCAGGACCUCGGCACCGGACCUCAUGAACCUAUCACCGUUGGCAACAUCGCCGCGGAGCAGAAGAUUGAAUCGGUGAAUCUUGAAACCGAAGAUAAAAUCGACGACCUCGAGGGUAUUCAGGUGUUCGAUCUCUGCAAAGAGCAGGUGGACGACAUUCUCGGGUCCGUGACCGAGGUACUGAAGAGGUUGAACAUCCUGGAAAAUGAGGAGAGCCUCUGCGAGACGCAGGAUAAGAUCGCUGAAAUCGAGAAGUUUAAAGAGGAGAUAUCCUGGCUCAAGGAGGACAUCUUCACUAGCAUAAAGUUCCCGAUUGUGAUCAAAGCAGCCGAGAUAAGUCCCGAUGUUUUGCGGAUUCUCGAUGGUCUUCUUUCGCCACCGCUUGCGAACCAGGCUGUCAAGUUGAAGAAACCAAUUGGUCCGAAUUUGGGUGGUCUAACGAUAAUCACGGAGGAAGAUGAGGAGGUAGAGGCGAGUUUGCAAGAUUCAAAUUUGGAGAACACCGUGCCAAGGCUAUCGCUGAGCCCCAAGUUCUUAAGUAACCCGAUCAUCGAAGAGUUGGAAAGCACUUUGGACAUCGCGAAUAUGAGUUUCGUUACCGCGAACGACGCUUCCGCUAGUUCUUUGGACAUGGAGUACACUAUAGGACUGGGAUCGCCAAUGUUCGACGAUGACAGGGCAAGCUUGGAUAAAACGUACGACAUAUUGCAAGGGUGUUCGGACGACGACACAGGCGUCAGAACUGAAGAGACCGACGAAGACGAUCAGAAUACCGAGACAUGCGACAGCGAGAUGUCCAAAGUGGACACGUCGAUCGAAUUCGAGAAACUCGAGAACGAUCGGUCCGAAACGAGCGACGCGGCGCUCGAAGAAAUCAUCGCACGGAUGGUAAAGAGUCUUACAAUCAACGUCGAAGAGUCCGAUGAAGAACCAGUUCAGGACGAAGAGCUCGAAGAAAGGCGUUCCGAAGCUGCCAGCGAAUCGGACGUCGUGGAUGACAGCGCGAGGGACGAGGAAUUAGUAGAGGAUUCUGUUGACGAAGGCAUCGACGAAUUAUCCGAUGAAGACGCUGGAAGUGGAGCCUGCGAAGAACAGAUUUGCCCCGUGAAAAUUGUAGACAGUUUCCAAUCGAAGGAGUCUGAGACAGCGUUGCAGAGGGUCGAUGAAAUUGAAGACGUUGACUGUCGGAGCAUCUCAGAACUGACAUUCGAGCAAAGCUGCGAAGAUGAUGGAGGAGUUAGAAAACUCGACAAGCACGAACAGGAAGAGAAAAUUACUAACGAAGUUUGCGAGGAAGGCAUUCGCACGAUGGAAGAAGCUGAAGACAGCGUCAGGGACGAAGAUGUUGCAAGCAUCGUCGACCGAUUCAGCUCAAGUGCGGGCGAAUGCGAAGGAAGGGAACAGAAUGUCGGCCUAUUGAAGUCCAACGAAGAUGCUGAAAAGCGAGAGCAACGAGAAACACCUCGGCCGGUCGACGCAGCUCGAGAUGCCACGAUCGCAGGAGCGGAUGAGAAUUUGUCGCUGAAAAUAAUCCUGAUAUUUUUUCUGCAGGUGUGUUACUUCUACAUCCGGCACUUCUACCGGAAGGUAUGCUCGUUCGCGCAGAUCUCCAGAGCCACGCCAGCGCUGAAGCCGUUUGAGGUGCACACGGUGUCGACGUCGACGUCGACGCUGAUCGAGAAAGCCGGGUUCGUAGACAAAGUCCGGGAGGAAUCGCUCGUGGAAGAGAAUGAGGAAACGUUCGAGAACUCCGUGGACUUCGAGACGAUGAACAUAUCCCGUGUGAUCGAGGAACGGCUGCAGGGUGUCCUGGAUUUGACGACUGAGAGAUGCGCGUCCAGGAACUCGGAUUUCGAGGCCGACGAAAUGACGGUCGCGCUCAGAAGAGAAACAGCGGAGCUGGGUCUGAGUUCCAAUGUAUCUCUCGUGGGUGAGACAACAGAGGACGAAAUGGACACAGAGUUUUCGAAGAGGGAAGAAUCUUUCGGGCUCGAAGAGCGGUCGGAAGUUCAGGCGUUCAGGUUCAAGGAUUUCCGUCGACCCGGUUCGUCUAUCUUUCUGCGAUCAGAAUCGUCGCCUAGCGGCGGCCAGCUUGGGAGAGACACGGCUGAAGUCCAGAACACUAUCAGGGAAUUGAGUUUGACGGUCGAUGUUGGUAAGGUUGAGGAUUCUUCGAAGGAUGGUCGAACGAUGGAGGAGGACGUCGAGGACUACGUGGAAGAAAUCGAAGAUGCUUCGGCUGUUCAGUUUGAGACCGCUUUGGAGGACAUGGACAGCUUCAAUUCGAUUUACAUGGUACCGUCAGAGACGAUAGUACCGUCGAAAACGGCUUCGUGCAGUAAACUGGACGACGACGAUGACAUGGAAGAAUUCUCGGCCGUUUCGAGCAGGUCCAGCGAGCCGACUCGAUAACGAACUCGCACGGACGCGGAUCAUGCAAUUUUUGGUUUGAUUUUCGCUCUUUUUACAAUUUCGAAUGCUGCAUCUCAGAAGAGUUUUCCGUUGUGUUGAAAUAUAAUAUGGAUUUUGUUCAGACUAUAUUUGUUUUUCGUUCGUCACACGAUUGUGUAAAAUCGAUGUUUAGUUAGGUUUACGUAGCAUUUUUUUUUUAAUCGCAAAAUGUGUGUUUUAGCGAGCGUACAUUUAUUGUGCGUACUACGUAAUAGAUCAUCCGAGUGGAUUAUGUCUCGCAUGUGAUUUCGUCGUGAUGUAAAUUUUGCGAGACCGACGCCACGGAUGAAACUGUUGCGCCACUUCAUCGUAAGUUAGUCCGCUUUAUGUAUACUUAAGUGUUGUUGCUUGGAUGUUGUGCUCGAUUCAUUGUAAGAUCGGAAUGUACAUAGCCAGUCAUUUUAUUUCCAUUUAUUUCUUUCGUUUCUCUGUUAGCAGACGACAAUUAUUAGUAUAGCAUUUACUGGCUCUUUGUAUUGAAAAAACAAAUAAAUUUGUUUUAAACAUA